UCAUUUUCAUAAUUCCCUCCUCCCUAAAAUGCGAAGCCGACGGGUUUCCAGCAAAAAUCAGCUGAGAUGAGGAGAUAUGGAGGAGUGCUCAAGUUUGGCGCGAAAACCUCAGUCUAUCUGCUGACCGCUGCUGGAUGUGCAGCGCUCGCACAUGAUUCUUUCAACUCCUCUGACACGCUCGAUUUCCCCUCCGGCUUCUUGAACGGCGUUGUGCGCUCCUCCCGCGCUGUCUUUGCUAUUAGUUCGUGCGUGAUUGAUUACAAGUAUUCGCUGCGCGGAUUACCCGCCGGUUCGGAUGAGUACGGCCGCGUGUUAUCUGAGCUUCAUCUGCGGUCAGCAAGAAGGAUCUUAAAACUAUGUGAUGCCAACAAAGGUUUCUAUGUUAAAGCUGGUCAGUUUGUUGCAGCCAUGCGCCAAGUCCCAAGAGAAUACUCAUCAACUCUUUCAUCUUUACAGGAUCAGGCAGUUCCUUGUAAUUUUGAAGCCGUCAAAGAAGUUAUUGUCAAAAAUUUGGGAAAGGAUUUGUCAGAGAUAUUCCUCUCAUUUGAUGAGAAACCGGUUGCUGCUGCUUCAAUUGCUCAAGUACACCAUGCCGUUUUGAAAGACCACCAGGAAGUGGCAGUCAAGGUCCAAUAUCCAGGAUUAGAGUAUCAAAUGAAAUUUGACGUCACAACCAUGGCCUUCCUCUCAAGAUCAGUUGCAUGGCUCUUUCCAGAAUACAGGUUUGAGUGGAUGGUAUCAGAGUUUACAAAGUCCAUUGCUUCUGAACUUGAUUUCAUUCAAGAGGCUAAAAACUCAGAAAGAGCGGCAAAUAAUUUUAAAAAGAACAGGACGGUCAGGAUCCCUCGUGUUUACUGGGAUUUCACAAGCAGGCAGGUAUUGACUAUGCAGUUUUGUGAAGGACAUAAGGUCAAUGACUUGGAAUUUCUGCACCGAAUGGGAAUUAGUCCUCUUGAGGUUGCAAAAGCCUUAGUAGAUGUGUUUGCUGAGAUGAUAUUUGUCCAUGGUUUCUUGCAUGGAGAUCCACAUCCUGGGAAUAUAUUAGUUUCUCCACAGGGGCGCAAUGGCUUUUCAUUAGUCAUUCUGGAUCAUGGGGUCUAUAAACAGUUAUCUGAAGACUUCAGAAAGAAGUACUGUCGUCUCUGGGAGGCUUUAAUUAUUCUGGAUUCACCAAAAAUACAGCAGCUAGGUGAAAGCUUUGGUGUUGGAAAGUAUGCUAGGUAUUUUCCUGUUAUAUUUACUGGAAGAACUAUUAACAGUAAAUCUGUGCUUGGGAGAGGGAUGUCGCCAGAAGAGAAAAAAUAUCUGAAGGAUGAAUUGAAGUCUCUAAAAAUGGAGGACAUAUCUUCCUUCAUGGAGUCAUUGCCGCCGGACUUUCUUACCAUACUGCGAACUGAUGGACUACUAAGGUCUUUGAUCAGCAAGUUGGGUGCUCCUCAACGGAUCCGACUACUAAGUUAUGCUAAAUGUGCAUUGCAUGGUCUCUCGGCGGAGGGGAGUUCUGAAUCUGAUUCAGCUGUACUUCUUAAAGCCAGAUUUAAGACAAGCAUCAAAUACAUACGCCUGUGGAUACUUCUAGAAAUAAUGGAGUUUGUUGCUUACAUGAAUGACAUCAGACACUCGAUGACUGCAAGGUUGAGACAGUUCAUUUUAUCUGCUGGAGAUCAUAUCUGGAGUUUAGGGCCCCUUCUCAUAUCAAGCCGCUAAGAUUGUCGCAGAAUUUUCAAUUGAAAAUCUUAUUACAUCUUGUAUUGUACUUGACAAAUGCAUGCUGCAUAUGCGAAACCUACGCUGUGUUAAUUUGUUUAAGAAAAGAUUUUUCAUAAAGUAGAGCCAUGUUGUAAUAGAUUCAUUUUUUAUGAUUGUUGCACUGGAUGCUUUAAUGGGCCGAAAGCUAACAGGAUUUGGGACUGGUUGCUGUUUA